AUGGGCGCAGGACAGUUUGGUAACCGUGACCGUACAAACAAAGCGCAGAACCCAAAUGCAUAUGAAGGCAAAAUUCUUCGGUACAACCUCGAAUCAGACGGUGAUGCAGGUUUUGCAGCAUGGGUUCCUAACACUAAUCCCUAUUCAUCAACAAGUGCAGUAUGGAGCAUCGGGAUAAGAAAUAACCAGGGAUUUGCAUAUGACACAUCUACCGGUAAAUUAUAUGGUACCUCACACGGACCAUAUAGUGAUGAUGAGUUGAACAUGAUCAAAGGCGGUAUGAACUAUGGCCAUCCAUUGGUAAUCGGUUAUGCAGCUGAUGAUAACUAUAACGGGUCAACCGCGGGUGCCGCAAAGACGGAUAAUAACGGUGUGUCAGCCUGUCCAAUGAUCGUAGAUGAAUCGACCGCGGCAGCAGCCAUCGUAAAUUACCAGGAUCCCGUAUUCUCUGCAUAUGCACAAUCACAGGCUACCAUUAAUAAUAUUUGGGUGAACAACCCAGGCAAUGGCGGCUGGCCCUCAGAAGGCUGGUCAGGUCUUGAUAUUUACAAGCAUACCCUCAUCCCUGAUAAUGAUGCAGCUAACCAACCUGCUAACAUUCUCUACUACCGUCUGAAACUGGUUGACAGGGAUGGUACAGCCACUUACUCAAGUACCAUCACCAUCACUCUUGCUGAUAUUGCCGGUCGUGUUUCUCUUUAUCCUAACCCAGCCAGGGAAAGUGUGAAAUUGUCAGUGUCAGCGGCUAAAGAUGGUCAUGCACAAUGGAAGAUCGUCGAUAACUCCGGUCGUGUUGUAAUGAAGAGUUCUAUGAACCUGAAGAAAGGCAACAACAAUGUAAUGAUCGAUAUUAAUAAACUUGCCGGCGGGUUAUACUACCUCACUGUAAACGGUGACGGCAUCGACCAGAAAGUGAAAUUGCAGAAACUUUAA